AUGGACUCUUGGCUCAACGAGCCGGCAGGCAAGAUGUGCAGAUGCACGGUCUGGCAGGCAAAAGUGUGCUGCCUUGCUCUUCAGCCCGUGUCCGGUCCCAUCAGGCCCAUAGUGAGGUGCCCUACAGUUAGAUACCACACCAAGGUCUGGGCUGGCAGGGGCUUCAGCCUGGAGGAACUCAGGGUGGCUGGUAUCCACAAGAAAAUGGCUCAGAACAUCGGCAUCUCUGUGGGCUCAAGGAGGCGAAACAAAUCCACUGAAUCACUGCAGACCGACGUGCAGCACCUGAAGGAUUACCGCUCCAAGCUCACACUUUUCCGCAGGAAGUCUUCUGCUCCAAAGAAGGGAGACCGUUCUGCUGAAGAACUUAGAUUGGCCACCCAGCUAACAGGACCUGCGAUGCCCAUCCGGAAUGCGUACAAAAAGGAAAAGGCCAGCGUCUUCACAGAAGAGAGAACGUUUUACCAGUCUUACAGCCUUCGGCAUCCAAGCAAAAAGGGCGAAGGAAGCUGCAGAGCAAGAUGUUGA